AACGCCGAGCAAUAUUACAUGUCAACGCCGCCGACUCUUUCCCCCUGCCGCCAACGCCGCCACGCUUUGCUGCACUCCUUGCCCCACGGCCCUUUCCGUCAUGUCGUCCUGCUAUGCUACUCUUAUAUCACCUCCAACAACAUACACACACCCCUACCUUUGCUCUCUCGUGUCCCACUGUGGUGCAAUUAGCUAUUGUUGAUGAUUUUGCAUGUCAUUGCCAACACCACUAAGUCUCCUUUUUUGCUACCGACACCACCAGAACAUGUAACCAUCACUAGUGUCAUACUACCAUUGACUUGCUAUACAUGUCAACUGUAGCAACAAAUAAUGUCAAAAAUGACAAUGUACACUGCCAAACUUAGCGCUACAUAAGGACAUAUAUGACACUGUAUAAUGUUACAAGGAAAAUGAGAACAAGUUUGAUUAUUAAGCCAAGCAUUCAAAACUGUAUAAUGUUAGCAACUGAGAUGUAACGAAGAUGGUGAUUGGUGGUGGUUGUUGAGAUUGAAGAAGGGGGAAACAAUUUGGAUUGCUAAAAAAUAGGGGCUUUGUAGUUUGUACCCUCAGUGAGAUUGAAAAACAAAAAUUAAUUAAUUACUACUAUUUAGUAAAGUUUAAUAUGAACUCCUAUUUUGAGCCUAUGACAUAUGUUUUGCUUCUACUUAGAGUAAUUCCUUAUUAAUGUUGAUAUCAUUGUACCACAUUAACCACCAAAUACAAUGUCAAAUAAUACCAAGCAUUGCCCCACAUAGUGUCACAUAUGAAAAUGCAUAAUGUCACAAAUGCCCGCAUACAUUGUUUUAGAUGCAAAUUGACAGUGUCACACAGGUAAAUGGACCAUGAAUCAGAUAAUUUUAAUCUAAUUUUUUUCAAUUGUAUAUGCAUUCUAAAUCAAUAAUCAAAAAUUUAACAACAAGUUUUUUAGGGGGACAAAACUAUACUUUGAUUUGCUAGAAUCAAAUUAUAGCUAAAAUGAAUGAGAUUGGGAGUGUUGGUGAAGAGGGGGUUGGUACAACACCUAUAAGCAUCAGAGAUGGAUUCACACCCUAUAUCAGCAAGAAAACUAGUUCUGAACUUUCAGAGGCUAUAUAAGGUAAUUAGCAAUUUAGCCAAUAAACCCUAACUCAAAUUUCACCAAAAUUCAUCAAUAACCAAGAAUCAAAGCCCAAAUUAAAGGUGAUUGUAUGAAAAAUUGAUAGGAAACGGAGACAAAGAAAUCACAACAUUAAAGUAAAGUGGAGAUUCUCACUAGAAUGAGCGGAAGUGCGUAGGGAGGCGAAGGGUUUGGAUGAAGACGGUGGCGAUGGGCGUAAGCUUGCGCCGGCAAGUGAUAUGGGGGUUUACUUAUGUUAAAGCUAGGUGGUCUUCAACACAAGAAAUUGCAGAAAAUCAUAGAGACAGCCCGACGAAUGUUCAAUUGAAGCCAGGCAAAUGGUUAUGCACGAAUUGCAAUUUCUUGAAUUUUGCAAGAAAUAUCAAGUGUUUAAGCUGUAACGGACUGUCCCAAGAACGACUCCGCAAUCUAGAGGUUCUGCAACGUGUGGCUAUAAACUUCUUGCAGGUGUAAUUUCUUGAACUUUGCAAAGAAUUCAAGGUGCUUGCAGUGCAAGGAGAACCCACCAAAGCGAUUGCUUCAUCCUGGAGAAUGGGAGUGCAAAUUGUGCAAUUACAUAAACUUCAAGAGAAAUAUGGUCUGCUUGAAAUGCGACCAUAGAAGACACAGAGCAUCGCAUUCUGUAAGUUAUCACCAUAGCCGCGCUCCCUAUCUUGGCACAGAAAAAUUGUUCAGAGAUGGAGCUGUUGUGGAUAACCCAUACAAAUUCUUCUAAGACAAGCUCAUGCACUAGAGGAAACAAGCUCUGCCUUUAUAACAAGCCAAGUAGCAUGACUUCUGCUCUACUUUACAGCUUCCUAACUGUUCUUAAAAAUUGACUAAAGAGCAAAGCAGAGGAAAACCAUAGGACCCAGGUGCAUUUAAGUUGAUACAUAAAAGUUUUAAUUCUGCAAUCUAUUUUUAGGUUUUCUCUCCUCCAUCAAUAAUUGUUAUUAUUAGUAUUAUUAUUGUUGUUAUUUUUGUUGUUAUUUUUGUUGUUGUGGAGGACAAACGGAUGUUCAAAGAGGCCAUUGUAGCUAAUAAGAAAAGCAUCUUCAAGACUUUUCAUCUCAAGCCAUUUCCAUAUGGGCUCUCAUUUUCCAGGAAAAGAAGACAACCUCAACAUUGACCCAACACCGUCUUCUAUGAAACAACUCACGAUCAUUAUCCCUCCUUUUUAGUUUUGUUGAAAUCUAUUUUGCACUUGCUGAAGCUGGUUUGCCUUUGUUUUGCUCACUAUUAGGAUUAUAGAAUUCAUAAUUAUAAUCCUGACUAGAAUAUUGAAUACAUCUUCAAUAAUAAGAUUGUCUAUUC